CUGUGACGUCAUUUCACGUCGUUGCUAGUGCAUUGAACAACACAGACACAAACUGCACAAAUAUGGGGAAGUCAGGAUGUUUACCGCCCGGAAGCUGCCGGUGGCUCGUGCAAUUUAAGAAGUCGAUGAAUGCCAGGGUGGCGAAAUUCAAAAAUGACUUCCAGCUGAAGUUUUUUCGGGACAACAAGCAUCUGGGAAACCUGCGUGCCGACCAACUUCACAAUGAGACUGGAACCCGAGAUAUGGAAAUCACGAAAAAGACGUCCAAGCAUGCAGCGGACAGUCCUGUCCACAAAAAGAAGGACGUCAAGAAAUCAACUUACGGUUAUCAACCCUCCUUGUAUGCCGAAGAAGCAAGUCCCGAGAUUCAACGGACUCAAGUUGUAAAAAAUUCAAACGCUGAAAACAACUGGAACUCUUCGCCGAAUUGUCGCGAUUCAAGCCAGAAAAAAAACCAAAGCCGUUGUUCACGAACCCACCCCAACGCGCUCCAAGACAGAAGAACUAGAUGAAUUCGUGAAUACAGUAAUCCGCAACUCUGUGGCACAUCUGAUCAGGGAAGCCAGCGUUACGUACCUAAUGAAAGAGUCAGCGGAGAACUUGCUGAAGAGACACGACAGCAAUGUGGAAACAACCGGCGAACAAGUUAUCAAGGAUAUCGACACCACCAACGAAAACGUGGUCAUUGAUACCGACACCACCAACGAACAGGUUGUGAUUGAUACCGACACGACCAACGAAAACGUUGCCAUUGAUACCGACACCACCAACGAACACGUUGUCAUUGAUACCGACACCACCAACGAACGCGUGGUUAUUGAUAUCGACACCACCAACGAACGCGUGGUAAUUGAUACCGACACCACCAACAAACACGUUGUCAUUGAUACCGACACCACAAACGAACGCGUGGUCAUUGGUACCGACACCACCAACGAACAGGUUGUCAUUGAUACCGACACCACCAACGAUAACGUUGUCAUUGAUACCGACACCACCAACGAACGCGUGGUCAUUGAUACCGAUACCACCAACGAACAGGUUGUGAUUGAUACCGACACCACCAUCGAACAUGUUGUUAUUAAUACCGACACCACCAACGAACAGGUUUUCAUUGAUACCGACACCACCAACGAACAGGUUGUCACUGAUAUUGACACCACCAACGAUAACGUUGUCAUUGAAACCGACAACACCAACGAAUGCGUGGUCAUUGAAAAUGACAACACCAACGAACGCGUGGUUAUUGGUACCGACACCACCAACGGACGUGUUGUCAUUGACACCGACAACACCAACGAACGCGUUGUCAUUGAUACCGACACCAUCAAAGAAUCCAACGCCAUGAACGUCAUCAAGGCGUCAUCCGAGAUCGUCCUGAAGGAAGAGGGCGACAAUUUUGACAUCACCUACGAACAGGUUGUCAAGGAAACCGACAACGUUUCCGUAUCUUCAAGCGUUUUAAGCGCUUUUGCCGAGAGCGCAGUGAAGGCUAGUCUGUUUGAGAUGGAUGUCGUUGGCAACGUUAACCACUCCGCGAUGGUCCCAAAGUCCGCCGUCAAGGCUCGCAGAUCAUCAAGGACAGUGAAGGAAUUCUUAGAGAUGAUUGGAGUACCAGAUUGCCGGGACAGCUCCAGCCUUCACCUUCCCGACGUCGUCAUUUAGACAUUUAAAAUAAGCCCACGUCUCAUAUAAGCACGGUUGUCUAUGGCAGUUUCGGAUCAUCACGAAUACACCGGAUCAAGAUCCGGGACGAUCCGUGGACUAAUUGGUUUCUAAGCGUCAAAAGUUUUACCAAGAUCAUUACGUCGGUGAACACACAGAACUACACGACAGGGACACUAACCAUCAGGUUGGUUUUCGGUGAAUCCAUAAUUUUACAAUCAAGUCUCGAAAUUGUAACCUCGAAAGAUUUCAUUUCGAGGUGACUCUUAAUUGCAUAAUAGUUUCAGUUUGUUAUUAUCACACAGCACAAAAUCUUGCAAUAUAAGUAUCAUAUCAUAUCUUAAAUUUUGGAAACGGACCGGACCCGGAUUCUUAGCUGAAGUAGGCCCGACGAUAUUUGCGUUAGUUAUUUGUUUCCUUUUUAAUUGCGUCCGAAGAUAGAUCCGACAACACAUCUAUGAGCGGGUUGUCGUUUUGCCAUUGCCCUGGUUUGAUGUUGUGAUAAUUGCCCAACUCGUCACCAGCACUCGCAUUUGUAUGCCCAUAGCAAAGUGAAGAUUCAGAAUCAGGCAGGCAGGCACACCAUUCCCUUGAUGAUAUUUUUAUGCUAUUGAACACUAAAAAACACGGGCUGAAUAAUCGCUACCUACUUCAACCCAAAGGAAUCUGUAGCAGGUGUCGACCAAGAUCAUACGGAUUAUGGAAUGGUAACCCUUGUAGUUCGUGAAAGAAGCAAUAACGCUGAGGACACUGUAUGUCGAUGUGCUUCCGGACCAAAGCACAAUCACAUUUGUACAGCUGCUAAGGGUCGCCGAACUGCUUGGCGAUGCUCUCCCAUUCAUGUUUUCAGGACAGCGAAUUAGUUUAU